AUAGAGUUGAGUCAUAUGUAGGUGCAACAUGGUGGCCGCGGAACUGGAAUUGUGCAGCAGACGACGUUUUCUUUCAAUUGGCUUAGCCUUGCCUUUGGGACGUGUUAUGGUUAGCUACAUGUAUAUCUUUUUCACGUUCCUGAUCUUUCUACUGUCCACGCAGACAGGAGGUCUUGCAACAGGCGAAGUUCAAUACGGAAAUGAGUUCAAUAAUGUCCUGUUAUGCCGACAAUGUGGUCAUGCCGUGGCCCAUGCUUCAGACUUUGUAACAGUAAGCUCUUCCCAGGCUUUACAUCAGAGAAAUAAUACCAUUCUUGGAAGAGAAGACGUUCUUGUUCAACUCCUCAAAAAUCCACAUGGACGCCAUUUUGAAGUCAUAACAACUUCUACUGCUGAUGUUACAAAGCAGCCUCGUCUUUAUAAAGAAGACAGCUGGUUUGAUGGUUAUGACUGGAAAAUGAUAACAUGCCCACAGUGCCGAUCACACUUGGGAUGGUACUUUGAACCUAGGGAGACGCAGAAAGCAGAGACUUGCCAAGAUAAGGGCGAUGAAGAUACAUGCAGUGGGGAUAGAGAUGACACUUGGAAUGAAAACUCGUUAGUAGAGAAGAAAAAUCCAUUCCAUGCACUCAUACUGGCAAAUCUUAUUCAUGAAGAAUACGCUGAAGCUCUGGUGGUACAACCAAAGAUCUUUGGAGGAUAGAUCUCCGACAACGAGAUGUUGGGUUGGUGCAAUAUGAGUAAUUACAGUGAAACCUGUCUACAAGGACCACCCAAGGGAGACAAGGAAACGUGGCCUUCACAAGCAGGUGGUCUUUAUGUGCCUUUUUCUCACAACGUUUUCUUCACCCCGGAUUAUUGUUAACCCUGUACUAUCCUUGACCUGUACCAUGAUUUUUUCCUGUUCUCACAUGCCAAAUUUUCUGCCUAACCCCAGCUAUUAUAAGGAAAAGCAUGUAAUGCCGGACUAUUGGUAGCCAUUUAUGAGUCUUAUCUCUGAUUGGACAACAGCGCUGGCUCCGUUGCCUCUAGCGCACAGAUUGAGCACUGUCAUGGGCUUGGCCAGGUUUGGCCUUGUACGGGCUUGGACUCUUAUCCUGGGGCCUGUUGCAGAAAGAGUUGCGUUUAAACGCAAGUCAAAAUAUCAAGCUUAAGUCCCAAAUAUGGGAGCUUCAUUGGCUGAAAAUCAAGUUGCGCAAGAUUUUUUGAGUUGCGUUUGAUUGCAAUCCUUUCUGCAACGGGCCCCCGGACUCUGAUACUUCAAUCGCCCUGCUAACCGUGCUAUUCUGCAGAGCCAAAUAAUCCUGUACUAUAGGUGGGGUUAACCCACUUUGCAAAACAAUUUUGUGAGAAAAGAAAGUGGGCUAAGCUUGACCCCGGACUUAAGGCAGGACUAACUUGCCAUUUAUUCCCACCUACAGUACAGGGUUAAGGAAAAUUUUGCCUGUGCGAAAAGGGAAUUAGACGAGUACCCUUAAUACAUGUUACACCGGGGAAUACUUUUUUUAACGGAAACAAAAUAUGUGGUCUUAAUGUACAGGUAAUCUUUCUUAUGUGGUUACUCUGACAAGUGGGUUUUUCCAUAAAAGCUUUCAGUAAGUAACAAUGUUACGAAUGGCUGGUGGGUGACAUGACAUUUGUUCCUGUCUUAAAGGGAUGCUCCGGGCUGAAGAUAUUUAUAUCUCAAUAAAUAGAGUAAAAUUCACAAAGCGAAAUGCUGAAAAUGUCAUCAAAAUCGGAUAACAAAUAACAAAGUUAUUGAAUUUUAAAGAUUUGCAUUAUUCCGUUGAAACAGUUCGAGGCAUGUCUUCAUGAAUAUUCAUCAGGUGUGCUGAUGAUGUCAUAUCACCACUUGUUCUUUUGUAUUUUAUUAUAUGACAUUGGGUUUAUUCAAAAAUUUUCACCCAAGAACUAAAACAAUUGAAGUGACAACUGAUCAAGUGCAUUAGUCAUUUCUUGCUGCAACUUAUCAUUUACACAUUUAUGAAAAAAUGAGCUGGACCGUUUCACCGGAAUAAUGCAAAUCUUGAAAAUUGAAUUACUUUGGUAUUUGCUAUCCGAUUUUGAUGAAAUUUUCAGCAUUUGCUCUGUGAAUUUUAUUUAGAAUUAUUCAGAUAUAAAUUAUCUUCAGCUUGGAGUAUCCCUUUGAUAUCUUGGAGGGCAUAGGGUUGGAGUUAGGAUUGUUAUAGUUUAUUUAGUUUUUGGUUCAGAAUAAUGUAAAGAUAAGGAUUAGAGUUUAUUUUAGUCAUGCAGAUUAGAUUAUAUGCUUGGCACAACUUGCAGAUUUUCCAUCGGAGCAAUUGUCGCAGGAGCAAAUGUCAUGGAACCGGCUGGUGAUCCAGUCAAAUCAAUACUACUGAAAAUUUGGAGUAUAUUGUUUAACCUCAAGAUAGGGGCACUGAUCCUUCAUAAAGUUGCUUGUAGGCAGCCUUAUGAAACACCCCCAGGGCCCUGUGACAUGCCGUUUAGUGAUUAAUCGUAGGACAGAUCAUUGUAAUUGAUCAUACACAGUAAUCAGUGUAAUCAAUUGUGGGAAGCAGUCCUUUGAUCAAUCGCUAAGCUUCGUGUUACGGGGCCCAGGUUUGGCUGUAACUAGUGUUGAUUCAAAGGGAAAUCCAACCUCUAGCUUUGGGCCUUAAUUUACAAAUGUGGUUUUGAAUAUGUUAUGUGACAUGGUGGUACAUGCAGAGUAGCCAAGUAAUACGGAUUUUCAGUAUUUAGUACUGAAAAAUGAGAAGAGUACUGAUGGAUUCAUGCUGAUUUCUAAGUAUAAGUUUUGUGUGACGCGGUAUGGAUUUUAUUUCUAAAUACUGAUUUUAGCUUUUAAAAUACUGAAAUUUCCUUGUUCAGGUUAGCAGCUUUGUUCAUGUAGGUGUUGGGAAUUUGUUAUUCUGUAUUUAGAUACCCUGUCAAAAGCAUGUGCCGCGUUUUAAGUUUUAGCAGGAAUCCAGCUGUACAAGUACUUUGCGUCUUUUCAUUUACAUUUUCCCUGUUGAAUUUGAUGGAAGUACCAUUUUCACAUGUUUAAAAAAAAAGGGGGAGGGGUGAAGGUCCGCCAUCUCCUCCCCUCCCCACCCCCUGUUCCGCAGCCCCUGAAUCAUAGUGGAUGUCCUGCAUUCACUAUCAUUUUGUCAUUGAUGAAAUGUGAGAAUCAGGAAUUCCCUGUGGGAAAUGUGUGUCUCUGACAUUUGACAAGGUAACUUAGCGUGUAUAUUGAUUGUGAGUGUCUUUGUCAUGUUCAAAUUCUCAUGCAUGAUCUACUAUCUUCGCUUAUCAAAGGAUCCUGUUUCACACACUGAGAUGUCAUCAUUUCUCAUGCAAGGAGUCCAUCAAAACUAAUGUCCAUUUCAAGUGGGUUGGAACUGGCUCCCCUCUGGAACGGCCUUCUUACUUGCUCUACAUACCAAACACGAGUGUUUCCACAUUUCUGCUCUGCCCUUACAUCCUACGCAAGAAGGGCAUGUUUGCUAGUCUUCAUCUUUCGUGUCAUAGUUUGGAUGGCUUGCCAGAACAAAAGACCCCUUGCUCCUUCUUCAAUACUUGAUAAUUGUGUUUGCACUUCCCUGUGUUUCUUAUCCUUGAAAGAAAAUGAAGUUUAUCUUGUCUUAGCAACAACAAGGUCAUCACUGUUUUGCUGUAGGUGAGUGCAGAGGUCCUUUUUAGGUUGCCCACAAACAAAAUAAUAGGCGAUUUUAUCAUACUUUCAUUUUCUAAUAUGAAAAUACUAUUUCAAGAGAAACAACAAUGAAGCAUGUUUAAGUAGAAAAUUUCAGGAUUGUCAUAUCUUGAUACUCGGCCAGAUGGCAACUUCCACCAGGAACGAUUAUUCUAUUGUUACUGGGGGUGCUGAGCAUUGUCGCAGCACCCCCAGUAACAAUAGAUAAUCCUCCACGACCAGGUCCAUGACUUCCACACAGUUGCAGCUAAACAAUUGUAGACUAUGACUUUUAAUUGGUCACAUCAACGUUAAUGAAUUGUCAUUAUAAUCAUAAUUAAUAAACAACAUUCUUCUGGGCAAAAUAAAGCACUUCUUUGACCUCAACCCCAUGCAGCUCCUCAAAUAUUUUGUGCCUGUGCUGGAAUUUCAAAAGGCAUCAUCUUGUAUCGAUAUCAACCAAAUAGGAUGGCAUAGGUCAUCAGGUAGCUGCUCAUCUUAUCCAUCUUCACCUUCUCUAGGUUCUUGUCAUGAUCAGCAAGUGCCUCCAGUUUUGCGUCACCAGUACCAAACACCAAGAAAUCAUCUGCUAUGACCUCUACGCCAUGCAGUCCUUCGAUUAUUUCAUGUUGUCUGUGCUGGAAUUCCUCUGGGGCUGUGAGAUCCCAAAAGGCACCCUCUAUUGUUGUCCAUCUUCACUUGCCGGAAUCCAUCCUACAGAAUGCAUUAUGGUAAAGGCUUUGGCCAAGAUAGAGAGGAUAUCAUCUAUUACUAGGAUUGGGUAGUGCAGUCUAUUAAUCGCCCGGUUUGAUUAUCUAGGGUACAGGUUUCUUGAUGAUCACCAUACUACUGAUCCAGUCUGUUGGCUCAGAGACCUUUAAUCAUUCCUCUGUUCAAGUUCAGUCAACUUUUUCUUCAGCUCAUCCUUGAUGUUGACAGGGACUCUGCAUGUUUGAUGUUUAACAGGUGUGACAUCCUCAUCAAUGUGUCAACAGACAGCCAAAUACUUCAAGUACAUCAUGGGUCCCGACUUACAAAGAGUUACGAUUGAUCCAAUGGAAAUCCAUCAGUGUCAUGAUUUUUUCUACAGGAAAUUUGCAAAUGUCCUUUGUAAACAAAGGAGAACACACC